AUGUCGCCAAAGUACUUCCCUCAACAGAUUCACGCUUUCGCGGGCGUCGACACUGGCGAGCUUACCCUGCGCCAGUACUCGGAGUAUAUGGGUGUGGCGAUUAAUGAUCCUGUUUACGUGAACUGGUUCUACAGACACGACAGGAAUGGCGAUGGUGUCCUCACUGUCGACGAACUUCGCUUGCAGGGUGAUUAG